UGUCUGACUCGAACAGCCUCCUGUUGAAACACUUUCCCUGUUUCCCAUAGGACGCUGUCAUUGGUUUUGUUCUAUUAUCCAGACAGGAGUGCCAUCCCUACUCCCGGUACAUCAGACUAAGGCUUGCUGACUGUCAAGGUUGUCCACUCGCACUGCACUGCCACCGACUCGACCGGACCUGCAAAUUGGCUUGAUUGUGUGCUCAGGACUCAACGAUGGGGAAGGACGACGCAAGAGCAGAGUGGGACAAUCCCAUGCAAUUUGUCCUGGCGUGUAUAUCAUACGCGGUUGGACUGGGAAAUGUGUGGCGUUUUCCAUACUUGUGUCAAAUGCAUGGCGGGGGUGGGUUCCUGAUCCCAUACAUGCUCAUGCUGGUCCUGUUGGGUGUACCCUUGUUCUACAUGGAGUUAGCCAUUGGCCAGAAGAUGCGUCUGGGCAGCAUUGGAGCAUGGAGAGCUAUUAGCCCCUAUCUGGGGGGAGUGGGUCUGGCCAGUGUUGUGACCUCCAUGUACCUAUGCCUAUAUUACAAUGUCAUCAAUGCAUGGAGUUUCUGGUACCUCUUCCAUUCAUUCCAGUCGGUCCUGCCAUGGGCAGAGUGCCCGAUUAACAGCAACCUGACCGGCCCUGUGGAGGAAUGUGAGCGGGCCACGCCCACCCAGUACUUCUUCUACAGAGAGACCCUGGACAUUUCCGGGUCCAUCGAGGAGAACGGAGGGAUCCACAUGGGACAGGCGCUCUGCCUCCUGCUGGCCUGGAUGAUUGUCUACCUGUUCAUCGUCAAGGGGGUCAAGUCCACCGGGAAGGUGGUGUACUUCACAGCCACCUUCCCCUACCUGGUCCUCAUCAUCUACCUCAUCCGUGGGGUCACCCUUCACGGAGCCAUCAACGGUGUCAAGUACAUGUUCACGCCUAAGAUGGAACAGCUGGCCAACCCCACUACGUGGAUCAACGCGGCCACUCAGAUCUUCUUCUCUCUGGGCCUGGGCUUUGGAUCCCUCAUCGCCUUUGCCAGCUACAACCAGUACAACAACAACUUUGAGAAGCAGGCCAUCGUCGUGUCCAUGGUCAACAGUGGCACCUCCAUCUUCGCCAGUAUCGUCACUUUCUCCAUCUAUGGCUUCAAGGCCACCUUCAACUACGAGAGCUGCCUGGAGAGGGUGCGACUGCUGCUCCUGAACACCUUUGAUCUAGCAGAGGACACCAUCAGUCUGGAGAAUGUCAACCACUGGAUCGCUGAGCUGAACAGGACAUACCCAGAACAGUUUGCCAGUCUGGGAGGUAGGCUGGAGACCUGUGACCUAGAGGCUGAACUAGACACGGCUGUCGAGGGUACAGGCCUGGCCUUCAUAGUGUACAGUGAGGCCAUUAAGAACAUGCCCGUGUCUCAGCUGUGGUCUGUGCUCUACUUCAUCAUGCUCCUGCUGCUGGGCAUGGGCAGUAUGCUGGGCAACGUCAUCGCCGUCAUCACCCCCCUCAGUGACUUGAAGUUAAUCAACCGCUACAUGAGCACCAAAACACUCAAUGGUCUGGUGUGUCUGUUCUGCCUGCUGCUUGGCCUGGGCUUCACCACCCGAUCUGGGAACUACUGGUUCACCAUGUUCAAUGACUAUGGAGCCACCUUCUCUCUGCUCUUCAUCGUCCUCAUCGAAGUUAUCACCGUCUGCUACAUAUAUGGCAUCAAAAGGUUUGAGAAGGAUGUAGAAGACAUGUUAGGUCAUCGUCUUAACUGGUACUGGAAGAUCAUGUUGGCAGGAGUCAGUCCCAUCCUUCUCAUCGCACUAUUCAUCUUCUACAUCAUCAACUACAUCCAGGGAGGAACGCCCACAUACCAGGCCUGGAACAAAGAACUGGGGAAGUCUGUGGUGACGGAGUAUCCUCCCUACGCCCAAGCCUUCAUCGGCCUCCUCCUAGCCUCCUCUGUCUGCUGUAUCCCUCUGACGGCCCUCUACGCCUACUGUAAGAAGAGGAACCUGGCCAGUGGGAAGAGAGAGCGCACUGUCAGCACUGUGUCAGCGUAAAGACCGACGUAUUGGUUGACAGACGGAGUGACACAAGGUAGAGUUACAUUAGGGCUCUGAGACUGACUGGACCCACUAGUUUUAGGAUCGACUGAUCGACAGCCUACCGUCCGUAUCAUGGUUGUCUUAACAGAACAGGACCUCAAGCCAAAGGCCCUCUUUCUCUCACCGGGGCAGGCUGGCUCGCCCGCUGUGCUGCUGGUGGACAGACUGGCAGACCUGUACCUAGCAUUAGGCCUAGUCGUCCUUUGGCAUCUAACACUUACUGGGAGAUAAUAGUGAACUUUUGUAUUUUGAUAUUUUGAUAUUUUAUCUUGUCAAUGGUUUAUUGCAUUGUUUGAAGGCCCAGUGCAUUCAAAACCGUGAUUUUCCUGUGUUUUAUACAUAUUUCCAGGCUAUGAGGUUGGAAUAAUACUGUGGAAUUGGUGUAAGAG